AUUUUUGUGGCUUGUUUUGCUUUCACUCUUCCUUUUUCUUCUUCAUCCUUCAGUUUGCUAAUCUCAUUGUCUGAGAGAGAGAGAAGGUUUGCCGAAAAAAAGAAGCAACGUUCGCAUUGCAACAAAAAUAUCCUCCGCCAACAAGCAACCCGACUCUGCAGCAGCAGCGACACCCGCAACCACUACCACCAGCACUACCAGCACCAGCAGUAGUAGUAGUAGUAGCAAAAGCACCGCGUCCUUGCCUCUCGUUCAAACAGCCGCCAUCAUCAUCCUGAUCCUCGCUGUUCUACUUGGCAUUGCGCGACCAUCAUCCAUCUUGCCUCAGUCAUCAAACACGGCCAGCUCCUCCUCCUCUCAACUUCCAGCAAUAGAGCCACCAAGCAUGUCUGCUGCUCUUUCCACUCCUAUCAAGUUCCUCUCGCGCCGCGUCGUCAAGAGCAUCCUCGGCGUUGAGCAAGGCGAAGGCGUUGGCGCGCGCGUGCGUCGCUCGAUUGGCCGCCCCGAGCUCGGCCGCCUCGAUCCGUUCCUCAUGCUGGACUACUUUACGGGCGUUCCUCCAGCAGGCUUCCCAGACCAUCCCCACCGCGGCUUUGAGACCGUCUCGUAUCUGCUCGAAGGCAAGUUCGCACACGAGGAUUUCGCCGGCCACAAGGGCGUCCUGAACGCUGGCGACUUGCAGUGGAUGACGGCUGGUCGAGGCAUUGUCCACAGUGAAGUGCCGCUGACCAAGUCUGUGGGCUUGCAACUGUGGGUCAACCUGGCUCGCAAAGACAAGAUGAUUGAGCCAAACUACCAAGAGCUCCUCAAAAAGGACAUUCCGGUCGCCACCAAGGACGGCGUGACGGUGACUGUCAUUGCGGGCUCGUCCAUGGACAUUGACAGCGCCGUGUAUACGCGCACACCGACCAUGUACCUCGACUUUAAGCUUGAUCCCAACUCGUCCUUCAACCAAGCCAUUCCAAAAGGCUGGAAUGGCUUUGCCUUCACCAUCUCGGGCAAGGCGUACUUUGGCCCCGCCGAUAGUGCUGGUGAGGAGAAGCCCUUCCACACGGUAUUGCUCGACAACGACGAGUCGGCAGACGGAGUCACCUUCUCAACGAAAGACGAGCCGGCCCAUUUUGUUCUCAUUGCAGGCAAGCCACUCAACGAGCCCAUCGUGCAGCACGGCCCAUUCGUGAUGAACACGCGCGAGGAAAUCAUGCAAACCAUCCGAGACUAUCAAGAGCGCAAGAACGGGUUUGAGCGCGCUGCCGGCUGGUACUCUGAGGCCGGCCGCACUCAAUACGGCCUCGGCGAAGAUGACUACUGAAACUCUUUUUUUCGCUUUCUCGUUGAACAGCUCGUUGUACCGCUUUUGUUUGUCUGAUUAAAAUUCAUAUUCGUAUCAAAGA